AUGUCUGAAGAAAUUGAGGACAAGGUGGAUCGAGGUGGACGGAAACGGCGAAAGAAUGAUUUCCCUACUGGCGAAAAAGUGCCUGCAGCUCCGUGUUGGUUUUGUUUGUCGAAUGUGGACGUGGAAAAGCACUUGGUGGUCAGCGUGGGCGAUCUCUGUUAUGCUGCAAUGCCUAAAGGACCACUCGUGGAGGAUCAUGUCAUGGUGCUUACUAUAGGUCACAUCCAGUCGCUUGUGGCCGCUUCAGACGAAAUACGCAACGAGGUGGAGAAGUUUAAGAACGCUUUCACACUUGCAGCAGACAAGGCUGGUAAGUCGCUAGUGUGCUUCGAGCGUAAUUACCGUACCCAACAUCUCCAAGUGCAAAUGGUACCGAUACCUAAAAGUGCCGUCAAAGCGUUGCGUGGAGCCUUUCUGAAUGCUGCUAAUCUUGCAGGAAUUGAACUCGUCGCAAUGGAUGAAAGUGAUCAGUUGACCGAUCUAGUAAACGAAGGAUGUCCGUACUUUUUCGUCGAAUUGCCAGAUGGUUCACGGCUGUUCACACGACAGAUGAAAAAUUUCCCAUUGCAAUUCGCUAGAGAGGUGUUAGCAAGUCGGCCGAUUCUCGAUUGUGAGGCGAAGGGCGACUGGAAGACAUGUGUGCUUGGCAAAGAAGAAGAGGCAAAACUUGCCAAAGAUCUACAAGCUCGAUUCAAGCCAUUCGAUUUCACCAAUACUGAUGACAGCGAUUAG